UUGCACUGUGACCACUUCCGUGUUUUACGGACACGUCGAGCUUCUACGGCGCUGAAUCCUCCAUUGAAGCCCGCACUUGACCAAAUAAUUGAGCAAGCGCAACGAUGUCGGCCUCAGUUGUGUCAGUCAUUUCUCGGUUUCUUGAAGAAUACGCCGCUACGACGCCCAAUAAGUUGAAAGUGGUGGACGCAUAUUUGUUGUAUGUCAUGCUGACGGGAGCGCUGCAGUUCCUCUACUGUCUGCUCGUUGGAACGUUCCCCUUCAACAGCUUUCUCUCUGGCUUCAUCUCGUGUGUGGGCUCUUUCAUUCUCGCAGUGUGUCUGCGUAUCCAGAUCAACCCACAGAACAAAGGAGACUUCUUGUCAAUCUCACCAGAGAGAGCCUUUGCUGACUUUCUGUUCGCCCACACUGUCCUGCAUCUCGUCGUCAUGAAUUUCAUCGGUUGAACAUAUUGCUUUAAUUUGCAGUAUCCCCUAUGAUUGAAGAUGCAGAUGAGGAGAAGAUGCAACAGAAAGUUCACAACAUGUAUCUGCUUUUGUACCAUUUAGCGGGGGAAAAAAUAUCACGUUCACAAUUUCUUACAGAUCAUGGUCGGAAUCCCUUUUUUUUACGUUUAAAUUUGUUAACGUUCCCUUGCGCUGAGGCAAAGAAAUAAAAAAACGAACUGUGAAAUGUUGGUGUCUUGA